AUGUCAAAUAUAGCAGGUUCAGUUUACGAUGAAGAAUUUAUAACAGAUAAUGAUAAUAAUUCACAAAAUGAUGCAACUGAAUUUAGUGAAGUAGAUACAAAUCAUGGUAUAGGACAUGAAACAACAACAAGAGCUUAUAAAAGAAUUUUAUUACAAAGAUUUACUAUAUAUAAUUCAUUUCAAACAAUGUAUAUUGUUGGAUCUAAUGCUAAAGAAACUUUAUAUAGAAUUAUGGAAAUUAGUAAAGAUAAUGAUGAUGAUUCAUUAUCAAUAGUUGAAGAUAAAAAUUAUUUUUAUACAAGAAAAGAUAUGAUUGAAUUAUUAAAUGGAUUAAAUGAUUCAAUUGAAGGUGGUAUACAUAAAUUAGCUCAAGGUCAUGGAUUAUUAGGAUUAAUUAAAUUUACAAAAGAAUAUUAUUUGAAUUUAAUUACAAAAUGUUCACAAGUUGCAAUAUUAGGUGGUCAUUUUAUAUAUCAUAUUGAUGAAACAAAAUUAAUUCCAUUAGGAACAAAUUAUAAAAGACCUGAAAAAUAUAGUGAUGAAGAAAAAUUACUUUCAAUUUUUAGAUAUUUGGAUUUAAGUAAAACUUUUUAUUUUAGUUAUAAUUAUGAUAUUACAAAUUCAAUGCAAACAAAUUUUAUGAGACAAAAAUUGAAAAACAAUACUAAGAAUAAUAAUGAUCUUUAUAAAAAUUUUGAAUAUAAUGAAAGAUUUGUAUGGAAUAACUUGUUGUUGAAACCUAUAUUAGAAAAUGAUGAAGUUGCAACUUAUGAAUGGUUUCAACCAAUAAUUCAUGGAUUUAUUGAUCAAGCUAAUAUAUCAAUUUUUGGUAAAAAAUUUUAUAUAACUAUAAUAGCAAGAAGAUCUCAUCAUUUUGCAGGUGCAAGAUUUUUAAAAAGAGGUAUGAAUGAUAAAGGAAAUGUAGCUAAUGAAAUUGAAACUGAACAAAUUGUUGGAGAUAUGUUAACUUCAAGUUUUCAUGAUCCAAAAUAUGGUCUUUAUAAUAAUCCAAGAUAUACAAGUUAUAUACAACAUAGAGGAUCAAUACCAUUAUUUUGGACUCAAGAUAUGAAUAAAUUACCUAAACCACCUAUACAAAUUAAUUUACCUGAUCCUUUUUAUCAAAGUUCUGCAUUACAUUUUAAUGAUUUAUUUUAUAGAUAUGGAUCACCCAUUAUAAUUUUAAAUUUAAUAAAACAAAAGGAAAAACAACCAAGAGAAAUGAAAUUAAAUAUUGAAUUUCAAAGAUGUAUAAAAUAUUUAAAUAAUAACCUAGAAGAAAAAGAUAAAUUAAUUUAUUAUGCUUUUGAUAUGUCAAAACAUUCCAAAAAAAAUUUAGAUGUUAUUACUCCAUUACAAAAAAUUGCUCAAAAAUCAAUUGAAAAAACUGGUAUAUUUUUGAAUGGUACAAGUUUACAUACUACAAAAUUACAAAAGGGGAUUAUAAGAACAAAUUGUAUUGAUUGUUUAGAUAGAACUAAUGCUGCACAAUUUAUAAUAUGUAAAGAAGUAUUAAAUAUGCAAUUAAGUGAAUUAAACAUAAUCCCCAAUGAUAUGAUAUUAGAUUAUGAUUCAGAUUUAAUAAAUAUAGUAACAGAAAUGUUUCAUGAUCAUGGAGAUACUAUAGCUAUACAAUAUGGAGGAUCAAAUUUAGUAAAUACAAUGGAUUCAUAUAGAAGAAUAAAUCAAUGGUCGUCACAUACAAGAGAUAUGUUAAAUAGUAUUAAAAGAAUUUAUUCAAAUUCAUUUAUUGAUUCAAUAAGACAAGAAGCAAUAAAUUUAUUUUUAGGUAAUUAUAUUUAUUCACCAAAUGAACCAAAAUUAUGGGAAUUGGCAAAUGAUAAUGCUUUACAUAAUACUCUAACAUUAUUUUUUAGUCCUAAAAGAAGUUAUAUAAAUUGGUAUAAUCAUGAAUUUUUAAAUAAUAAAAGAUUUAAUUUAGAAGAUAAUAAUAGGAAUAAUGAUAAUGAUAAUGAAUCAACAAUUAUCACAAAUCAAAAUAAUUUUCUUUUAAGUGAUAAUAAUACUAAAAAUUCAUCAUUAUCAGAUCCAUGGUUUAAUGAAGUAUAUAUUCAAACAUAUACAUCAUUUGAUAAAUUAUUUGAAUUUAAUAUGAAUUCAAAUUUAAAUUAUUUUAAUAAAAAUGAAUUUAUUGAUGUUAGUCCUUUUAAAAAUAGAAAAUAUCCAAACUCAAAUAAUAAAGAAGAUUUAAAAGAAGGUAAAGAAGAAAUGAAAGAAUUAAUGAAUCAUGAAAAUGGAAUAAUACAUGGAAAUCAAAUUAAUAAAAAUAAUAAUAAUAAUAAUGAUAAUUACAAUGAUAAUAAUAAUGGUUAUACAAAUUUUGAUAAAGUUAAUCCUAAAAAGAUAAAAUCUUUUAUUACUUCCAAGAUUAAAUUAGCACAAACUAAUAAAAACCAUCAACAACCACCAAAAAACAGAAAUGAAUAUGAAAAAAAUUCAAAUAAUAAAAAUCAUCAAGACGAAGAAGAUCAAGAGCAAAAUCAAGGUAGAAAUGAAGAUGAUUCAUCAAUUUUAAAUUUGAAAACUAAUAAUCAAGAUUUACAAUUAUAUAAAUCACAAGAUAAUCUUCCUUCAUUAAUUAAACAAUAUAAACAACACCCAAUAUCAAAUACAAAAAUAUCCCCAACCAAAAAGAAACCCAGCGAAAAAGACGUUGAAAUUUAUGAAAAUUCAACUAAAAAUUUAUUAGUAAGGAUAUGUGAUUCUCAUAAUUAUAAUUAUUUAGAUGUUAAUUUAAUCGCAGUUUCAGAUUUUAAAAAAUAUUAUAAUUAUAUUAAUUCAAAUAAUAUUGAAGAUAAUGGUGAUUUUAAUAUUGAAUUAAAUACUGAUUUUAAUUAUAUUUAG